CAGCUCCAGGGCAGCCAUAUUGAAACUGUAAAGGGGGAUAGACAGGCUUUGAUGUGCUAUCCUACUGUUGUGAAAUUAACUAGCGUACGUAUACGACUCCCACAUUACAGAGGGUACACCAGCGCGUUGUAAAACUGCCAAACCAGUCUUUUCACUCGGGCUUUCUAAAGAGAUGAGUAGCAACAGUAAUAGGGGCACCAACAGGGCACCAACUACAGCGACACAGCGAUUAAAACAAGACUAUCUUCGAAUUAAGAAAGAUCCUGUGCCUUACAUUUGUGCAGAACCUCUUCCAUCUAACAUUCUUGAAUGGCAUUAUGUUGUACGAGGACCUGAGAAAACCCCUUAUGAAGGUGGCUAUUAUCACGGUAAACUGAUCUUCCCUCGCGAAUUUCCUUUCAAACCUCCUAGCAUCUAUAUGAUAACCCCUAACGGCAGAUUUAAAUGCAACACAAGGUUGUGUCUGUCAAUUACCGACUUCCACCCUGAUACGUGGAACCCAGCUUGGUCAGUUUCGACCAUCCUGACUGGUCUCUUGAGCUUCAUGGUAGAAAAAGGCCCCACGCUGGGUAGUAUUGAAACCUCAGACUUCACUAAAAGACAACUUGCUGCUCAGAGCUUGACGUUCAACCUAAAGGAUAAAGUUUUCUGUGAGCUGUUUCCAGACGUUGUAGAUGAAAUCAAGCAGAAGCAGAAGGUGCAGGAGGAGUUGAGCAACAGACCCCAGGUGCUGCCUUUGCCCGAUGUGGUGCCUGACGGCGAGGCUCACAACGCCCACAACGGCCUCCCGCUCCUGAACGGCCACGUGGCGCUGGCUGGCGCAAACCCGCCCGGCCUCCAGCAGGCCAAUCGCAACCAUGGACUUCUGGGAGGAGCCUUGGCAAACUUGUUCGUUAUAGUCGGAUUUGCAGCCUUUGCCUACACAGUGAAGUACGUACUGAGAAGCAUAGCGCAAGAAUGAGGAGAAAAAACAGUGGGCGUUCAAGACCCAAUCCAGAGGGUCUGGUUGCAAAAAAGCAAAGGAGGAGAAGGAAGAGCCCAGGACUGGAGGGGAUGUGCGUUUGAAACGAGGGAGGGGGGUACUUUUGUGACUUUAAGUGCUGCAGUGAUGUGAAACAGCAGCAGAUUGGCUCAUGGGUUUUAGCAAGGCCUAAUAAUGUGUUGGUGGAAGCAAUCCAGCAGACGUUUCCUAUAGAAAACUGCGGGUGAAACGGUCACGUGUUUUGUAAUGCCACAGCUCAAAUGCAUUCGAGCGCUAAACUAUUAAAUAAGUGAGCGAAACAUGUUGGGUUGUGCGAUGUGCUCUUUUUGGAGAGAACCGCAGAUUUGCUUUUAGUCGCACAGGAAGGUGGCUUUUCUUUUACUGCUGUGUACCUGACUUCAGUGCAUUACAGGGCGACCCAGAGACCUACAGUUUUAUGUGACAGGAAAGAUGAUUGGACCAAUUGAAUAUGAAUAAUUUGAGGAAAGGUUUUUUUCCAGGGUUUUCCUUUUUUCUUCCCCCCCCAUACUUAAGUAUUCCCCCUUUCUGUUUAGAACUCAUUUACCUUGCGUCUGAAAAGGCCCAGGGUUUAAAUUCUGCGUCUGUUUACGAGGGCGAAUCAGCUCUUUAAUAAGUCAUGAGCAGGUUGAAGACAAAGGAAUUCAUUCCUGUGCUCUUUCCCCUGUACAGCACUAUAUAUAGAACUUACCAUACAGGUUUUCUUUCGUGUUUAAUGUGACAAACUACCAGUGGUAGUGGUUGCAACGUUUAAUUGUUAUUUCAGCCAUUUUGGGGCCACCCUAAAUGUUAAAAAAGACCCUUUGUACUGUAAUGUAGUGUGAGCUGUGAGUGUUUUUUGUUCCCUUAAAGCAGUUUGCUGUUUUUCAUGUGUAUUGUGUCUGGUAGGAUAUGUACUAGAGUAACUUCUGUACAAGAUAAAAGCUUCAGAAAAAUAGUUAUAUAAUAUUUUGAAAGACCUAUGUACAAGCACAUCUUAAAGGCUCUUCCAGGUUGUGAAAACGCAGUGUCACUGCUGCUCCUAUUAAUUGUGAGAAAAUAUGGACAGACGAUGCCACUUAAAUUGCAUAUCAUAAUAAUUUACAUAACAUAACGGAAAGGGAUAAUUUGGAACAAUACUAGAUGCAUUGAGUGAUUCUUCAAUGAUUUUUUUUUUCCAUUUUGUUUAAAACAUCACAUCUCUUCAUAUUUAGGUACACAUUUUUUUAAGUUUCAUUUUUUUAAAUGAAAGGUUCUGUGCAAUAUUCCACAGCAGUUUCAAAUAAACAUGGAAAGAAA